AUCAGUGGCAUACUUAAGUAUAUUAAAAACCCCAUUGUUAAAUAUUGCUAACAUGUCUUAUACUAACUGACGAAAAGUUCAUUAGGAAAUUGGAUCCGUCCUAAAGAGCACACGAAUGCGCAGUUCAAAGGUGCUUAACCUCAGGAUGGACAAAAAACUGGUGACUGGUGUGUGGGUAUGUGGCUGCACACCGGUGCUGAAGCUGGGCAUAUCGCACGAGAGGCAGCUCGCCGGGUGCGGCGGCGCAGGUGCCGCCGCCGCCCCGCGCCGCGCCGCGCCGCUAUUGGCCGCGGCCCCGCGCCCGCCGCCGAUUGGGCGCAGCGCACGUGCGCGGACUACCCGCCGCCACCUGGUCGCCGCUGCCGGGGAGCGCAUAAAAGCGCGGCCUUCCCUCACCGCACCACACCCGAGCUCCGGACGGCGACGAGCGCACACGUCAUUCGCGUCCCGAACACGACUCCGCUAUUACGACUCCGGCGCAACGUACAUGUUUUGGACUGUUACAUUUGUGAACUUGUGAUACGAUUUUCUCCCGGACGUUUAAGAAAAAAAACUCUGUUAAGUGCUUGUGAAAAAGUGAAGAUGCUCGUUGAGGAUUCGCAAAAUUCUCGCGCAAUGAUGACGAAAAAAUAUGCGCACUGUCCGCUGAAGAAGCGGCCGGUGCUGGUGCGGGAGGAGCGGCCGGCGACACCGCCCACUACGCCGCCGCACCCCGCCCACCUCGCCACUACACUUUAUUAUGACUAUCCUUCUUGUGUUUCGGAAAAUGAUGAACCAGAAAACCUGAGUACGAAACCAGAAGACUUAUCGAAGACCGGCAAUUACCCGAAUAAGGCGUCGUCGCCAGUGGCCACAGCCGCUGUCAAGACGGAGCCCCGCGAGUGGCCCCAGCACCAGCUGGAUUACCUCGCCGCCUGCAGAGCUCGCCUCGAACCCACUCCAGCGCCGAUGGAACUGGCACGCCCCACGCCUCAGUACGCCUAUCUACCCGCACUUUACGCCCCCUACCCGAUGGAAGAAAUUUACCCUACCGCGCCCUCCCUAUCACCGCCGGUCCAUUCUCACCUUUAUUCUCGAUAUUCGCCUGCGUCCCCACCGUCUUCUAUUUCGCCUCCUCCAUGUCCCGAAGAUCUUCGGUCGCCCGGCUCAGUAUCUUCAGACUCCGGAGUAUCUCUGUCCGGCCAGAGACGCCCUCGCUACCAGUGUCCCGACUGCGCAAAGUCUUACUCCACGUACUCCGGUCUUUCUAAGCAUCAGCAAUAUCACUGCGCGGCCGCCGAGGGAAGUCUCGCACGCAAAUCCUUCAGCUGCAAGUAUUGCGCAAAAGUAUACACUUCGCUGGGAGCCCUCAAGAUGCACAUCCGUACGCACACACUGCCCUGCAAGUGCCAUUUGUGUGGAAAGGCUUUCUCUAGACCGUGGCUCCUCCAGGGUCACAUUCGCACCCACACUGGAGAAAAACCGUUUUCUUGCCACCACUGCCGUCGAGCAUUCGCCGACAGAUCGAACCUGCGGGCUCACCUGCAGACGCACUCUGAUGUUAAGAAGUACUCGUGUUCUGGGUGCGGCAAGACAUUUUCCCGGAUGUCGUUGCUGAGCAAACACUUGGAGAGUGGGUGCGGCAGCCCCGGCAGCCCGCCCUUCGAAUACCGGCCCGAUGCGCUGCCCGCGGCGCACGCGCACCAGCCGCACCAGCCGACGCCGACCAUUCAUGCCUACUGAAAAGACUGACUUAGCCGUAUUUGCAGAAGUUGAGAUCUCGUUUUCAAACUACUAUCACUCGCUGUUAUCACCUCUAAAAAUCUAAAACUAUCCUUAAAUAUUUCUAAUUAUUUAACUUUUAAAUGUUUUGAGAACAAAUUGUGUGCAUAGAUUAUUUGUAAAUACUAGAUUUAAGUAAUUUGUUACAAGUGCUGUAAGGGACCAAUAUAUAUUGCAUACGAUAAUUAUUGUAAGUUAGGAUAAGUUUGAUAUCACAGAGAUAUCUCGCCGCCAUACCAGCGGCUUCGCUAGUCAUGUGGCAUUUGCCGAGUGUCAUACACUUGUUUAAUAUAUUCGUAUCCUAAGCCAUGUACAAAGUGCCUUAAUUAUAAUACAAUAAUAUAUUUCAUGAAAUUUAUAGCAGUAUGUUUAUAAGACGGUAUUAUUAAAAUUAAAACUAUAUAAAAACAUGCGACAUCUACUCAUGAGGCUAUAAUUUAAGCCAACUGCUGAAUUGCGUUCCUUUCUGUUACCUCUAAAUCAGAGAAAAAUAAAGUAUACUACAUUGAAAAUGAAUUAAUUAUUUUCUAUUAAUCACCCUCUUACUUCGAUUCCCACUCAAUACAAACGUGGGAAAGUUCUACAAAAUCAAACAAUAGAAAGUUUGGGAAUGAAACUUAGGGCUGGCAGGGCCCAGGCCGCUGUUGUAUUUGAUGGGGUUCCACGUUUUGUUUGAAAUACAAACCGAUCGUUGUGGUCAUAGCCGAUUCAACUUUUUUUAUCAAUUUAACUACAUUACUAAGUAGUGGCAUAUAAAAUACAGUACAUUACAAAUUUCCCAGUAAAAUGGCUGUGGCAUGGACGAACAUGAUGAAACUACAUAUUAUACCGGUUCCGUUUUUGCCAUUUUGGCUAGGGUACCCAUAAAAGGGAAAACAAUAGGUAAUAACCGGGCUAACCCUAAAUAUCUCACUACAGAAACAAAAUCACGGCUAAAGUACCUACUUACACUGAAU